GUGAAAUGUACAGCUUUAAAAACUUAACGUUUAUUGGCGUGUUAAGCGUUUGUAUAAUUUGCUGCCAUGGUUUUACCAAAUCGAUUCCAAAGAAAUCCUAUGCUGCCUCAUCGAUAGACUUGAUGAACCUGUUGGAGGUUGAGGAUGAACUGGUGGACAAUUUAAAAGGCUAUGUGGAAACACUGAAAAUAAAAUUAAAUUUAAUGGAAAGAUCCCUAAUUGAUAUGAGUAUAGAGCACAACGAAAUGAAGAGUGACUACGAAUCGUACUUGGGAAAUCCAUUGAACAGCUUUCGACUAAUACAUCGCCUACACAAGAGUUGGAGGAAAUGGUAUCACUAUGCUUUUAGGACCGAAAAUAAUGCAUUAGUGCGUAUCGAGAAUGCCCGUCUUAUGAGAAAGAUGCUACCCACCUCGUUGGACCUGGAAAACGCGUGUCGCGGAAUCGAUGACUUGAUGUCCUUUUACGACCUUAAGCCAGAAGAACUAGCAGCUGGUAACUUAGCAGGAUACUCGCAGCCAGAUACAGGACUGACAGCUUACGAUUGCUUAGCCCUCGGGGAGUUCAGCGUCCAAAAUCGAAAGGAUGAUCUUGCCGAGGCUUGGUUUAACCUCUCUUUGACUCGUUUUGAAAAUAUAAUCGACAAAUACCGAGUGCACAAAUCGUGGGCACUUUUGUUAAUGAAGACAAACCAGCUAACUGCAGCCUUUCACCACUUAGAAAACAAGCCAGAGGAAAUAUUUCCCAGCCAUGAAGUCAUACACUUCGAGGAGGAGUUGGCGACCGUGCAGAACUGCACUGCUGUGGUCCAAAAACCAAGCCGACUCCACUGUCGCUACAACAGCUCCACGACGCCCUUCACGCGGAUUGCCCCUCUAAAAAUGGAGGAGCUAAGUUCGGAUCCGUACAUGGUGGUCUACCACGAUGUGAUUUACGACAGCGAAAUUGAUUUGAUGCUAAACGCAAGUAAUUUCUCAUUAUCCCUGACUAAUUCGGGUCAGAAGUCAGAGGUGAGAGCUUCGAAGGACUCAUAUAUAGUGGAUUCUAAAACGCUCAAUGAUCGGGUAACCGAUAUGACCGGACUGAGUAUGGAGAUGAGCGAUCCAUUUUCGAUGAUUAAUUACGGCAUAGGUGGGCACUACAUGUUGCACUAUGACUAUCAUGAAUAUUCGAAUAUGACCAGGGAAAAGUAUGGGGAUCGUAUAGCCACUGUUUUGUUUUACCUGGGAGAAGUUCACUCGGGUGGCGCCACAAUCUUCCCGAGGAUUAAUAUUACCGUUACGCCCAAGAAAGGAUCAGCGGUCUUCUGGUACAAUCUGCACAACUCCGGAGCCAUGCAUUCGGAAACCCUGCACUCAGCGUGUCCAGUGAUAAGCGGUUCCAAAUACGUACUCACGAAGUGGAUAAACGAGCUGCCUCAAAUGUUCUCCACACCAUGCAUGAAGGACUCGAACUUACACCCACCCAAAAAACAAUAAUUCUGUAAUCUGCACUGAAAUCUUUAAGAUUAAAUGAGUUAUCCCUCCGCAUGA